CCAACAGAUAUUCAAAAGGUGCUAAAUUUGUAGGAAAAAUUUAAUAAUAAAUUUAAAUGUAAAACUCAAGAAAAGGCAAGCCAAAGAAUUGCUAAUAUAUGGAUACAGAUGAAAUAAUUUGGAUGAAAAAUUAAAAAUGUUUAGAAUUGGACAAUUUGUUAAAUUAAGGAACCUAUAAUUUUUCUUAUAUUCCUAGACAAGGUGAAAUGAAUCAAUAAGAUAGAAAUAAGUAGGCCUAAUUGAUGAAAAGUCUUUAAAGAUUUGGGUGGCAAAUCUCUUCAUCAAGCUCUAUAGUUUUAUUUAAAAAGAAAUUAGUAGACUUAAUGAAAGAAAGAUCAAAUGAAUUAUAUGACAGAUAUUUGAAGAUAAUAUCUGACAAUAAUGUUGAAGAGCUUUAAGAUAUCUACGAAUAAAUGGAUGAGGAGUUUGUUAAGGAAUUAUUAUAAAUUUGGGAAAACAUGCACAGAGAAAAUGAAUUAGCAUAAACGUGGCUUUACAAUAUUCAACCUGAGAACUGUUCUUUGGUUGUUAAAAAUGCAUACCUUAACUCUGUGAAAAAAAGGAAUGCUCAUUUAUCUAUAUAGACUUUUGAAUAAUAUGUUGCAUCUCAGGAUGCUCAAGAAUAUGUGAUCAAUAUCAUCAGAUAAUUUUAAAAUGUGCUGAGACAAUGA